UAUGAGAAGAAAUAUCCAAAGCCCCAAAACUGUGAACGGUAUGAUUGAUAUAUAUAUACUCUAAAAUGCUCCAUAACCAAAAAACCCUAAUUAUUCAUUCCACUUCCAUCAUCUCCAUUUCUGCUACAACCCUAAACAAUGGCCGCCGCAGCAGCUCGUCCCCUGGUCACUGUCCAUUCUCUUGAAGGAGACAUGGCCACUGAUUCCCCCGUAACUCUUCCCAUUCCCGAUGUCAUGCGCGCUGCGAUCCGCCCUGACAUAGUGAACUUCGUUCACUCCAACAUCUCCAAAAACAGCCGCCAACCCUACGCUGUCAGCCGCAAAGCUGGCCACCAAACAUCCGCUGAGUCCUGGGGUACUGGACGCGCUGUUUCCCGUAUCCCUCGUGUUGCUGGUGGUGGUACUCACCGUGCUGGUCAAGCGGCUUUCGGAAACAUGUGUCGUGGUGGUCGCAUGUUCGCUCCUACCAGGAUCUGGCGCCGCUGGCACCGUAAGAUCAAUGUUAACCAGAAACGUUAUGCUGUUGUUUCCGCUAUUGCUGCAUCUGCUGUUCCUUCCCUUGUUCUGGCUCGUGGUCACCGGAUCGAGUCUGUCCCGGAGUUUCCUCUCGUUGUCGGAGAUUCUGCUGAAGGAGUUGAGAAAACUAAGGAAGCUAUCAAGCUUCUUAAGCAUGUUGGAGCUUUCCCCGACGCCGAGAAAGCAAAGAACAGCCACGGAAUCCGUCCUGGAAAAGGUAAAAUGCGUAACCGUCGCUACAUUUCCCGUAAGGGUCCAUUGAUCGUUUACGGAACUGAAGGAGCUAAAGCUGUUAAGGCUUUCAGGAACAUUCCUGGUGUUGAGAUCACCAAUGUUGAAAGGUUGAAUCUUUUGAAGCUUGCACCUGGUGGUCAUCUUGGUAGAUUUGUGAUUUGGACUAAAACUGCUUUCGAGAAAUUGGAUUCGAUUUACGGGUCUUUUGACAAGGCUUCUGAGAAGAAAAAGGGUUAUGUUCUUCCUAGGGCUAAGAUGGUGAACUCUGAUCUUACCAGGAUUAUUAAUUCUGAUGAGGUUCAGAGUGUUGUUAGGCCUGUUAAGAAGGAUGUUAAGAGGGCUACUUUGAAAAAGAAUCCUUUGAAGAAUCUGAAUGUUAUGCUCAGGCUUAAUCCUUAUGCUAAGACUGCCAAGAGGAUGGCUUUGCUUGCUGAAGCUGAGAGGGUUAAGGCUAAGAAGGAGAAGCUUGACAAAAAGAGGAAAUCUGUUUCCAAGGAAGAAGCUUCUGCAAUCAAGGCAGCAGGAAAAGCAUGGUAUCAAACUAUGGUGUCUGAUUCUGAUUAUACAGAAUUUGAUAACUUCUCCAAGUGGUUGGGCGUCUCACAGUGAAGUCCAGUUAUAUUUUCGCAUUGAACUUUGUUUUCUAGGCUUUACCUUAAAUCUUAAAUGUCUUUGGAUUUUGAGUUUAUUAAAUUUGUAAGGAAUAGCAACUUUUAUCUUGUGCAUUUUCUUUCUUUUUGUUCCUGAAAUGAAAGAUUUUUCCUCUCCUUUUGAA